UUGGGGGCAGUUAGCUUACACAUUGUAAAUUGCUUAGGGAGUGCUUAAGUGCACUGAUAAGUGGUAUAGAAAUGUACUUGCUAUUGUUACCACACAGUAGUAAACACAUGUUGCCACUACACAUGUAACUGCGCUGAGAAACAAACAGGGAUGGAAACUACAUUUUGGAGAAGAAAAAUCUAUUCCGUUAAUCAGGCAUAAAGUCCUACACAGAUGGCUUAUAGGAUAGAUUAUAGCUAGUAAUCCUUUUGUGUCCUAGAAGAUUAAGAAUAUCCUGGUGCAACUGCUGUCAGAUGACACUUUAAAAAAUGACAGGGAACUCUUGGUAUAAUCCUGCACAGGGCAAUGCUUUCCAGAAUGCUAGGCAUUCAGUGUACUAUGUAUGUUUUUUUUUAAAUGCAGAGAGGUCUCUUGUUAUAUGGAGAAGAUAUGGACUUGACUAUGCAUUGCAUGAAGAACUGCAGUUAAGAAAUACUUAGCAGCCAUUUUAUUACAUGGGUUUCCUGGAAAUCCUAAUGUUUACAUUACAUACAAUCACAAAAACUUCUGGUAUUCUUGAGUGGAAAUAAUGGCACAAUGUGAGAGCCUAGCAUUUGAAGCCUGAUGGUUUGGAAUUUAGCAAAGUGUUAUGUGGAAAGGAUGGAUGCUUUGUCAGACGCAGGACAGCAAUGAGUGGUCAUGCAUUCUGAGAUCUCUGUGGCAGACUGGCUAGAAACGGACCUGUAUGAAGAUUACAAAUCUCCUUUCAAUUUUGAUACUGGAGUUAAUAGGAACUAUCUCUACCUAUCACCCAGCAUGACUUUCUCCCCACCUGAUUCUCCAAUACUAAAGAAUUCAGGUUUGCUGAAAAAUGAAGCUAUUCCAGAAGUUGGAGAAGAUGCUGCUGCUACAGAUGCUCUAUCAGAAGAAGAACAGGAUGAGCUAAGAAGAGAGCUUGCUAAGGUAGAAGAAGAAAUUCAAACUUUGUCACAGGUGCUAGCUGCUAAAGAGAAGCAUCUAGCAGAAAUAAAGAGGAAAUUGGGAAUCAGUUCAUUGCAGGAGCUGAAGCAGAACCUAUCCAAAGGGUGGCAAGAUGUAACAUCAACAAAUGCGUAUAAGAAGACAUCGGAAACAUUGUCUCAGGCUGGGCAGAAAGCUUCUGCUGCUUUCUCAACCGUUGGUUCUGUAAUAACAAAGAAACUGGAAGAUGUGAAUAUACGUUGUCUACAGCAUUCAAUUAGCAUGCCUGCUAUGAGAAAUUCACCAACAUUUAAGUCAUUUGAAGAAAAAGUUGAAAACUUAAAGUAUAAGGUUGGGGGAAACAAGCCUGCUGGAGGUGACUUCGGAGAAGUCUUGAACUCUGCUGCCAAUGCCAGUGCCACAGAAGCUACUACAAAGCAGAUGGAAGAGGAGACUCAAUGAUUCUCCUGCCUUCUUUGUGCUACCCACUGCCAGAUGCUACAGGCAAAUGCUGAAGCACAACACCUCUGCUGUAACUCUUCCAAGAUGUCCUUCUACUUAGCACUUAGCUUUAUGAGCUAAUUAAUAGAAUAUGUUUCUGUAGGUUCAGAAUAUUUUUUGAAUCCACUCUUGCCUAUGUUCUCUGUUGGGUGGGAAUUUUUAUGUAUUUUGAGUAUUUAUAAGAUUUAUUUCUGGUAUGAAAGUAAUCACUAAGGUGUUGCAUUGGAAAUGUUUCAGUGACAGGUUGAACACUAUACAUGUUGGAUGCUUCGAUAAAUAGUAAUUGCUUUGUGUUGUGUCUUUCCUUCCUACUUACUUCUCUGCCAAAACUUCAUUCAAUCAUUAACAGCUGUAGUUGACCUUCUUGAAAGAAAGUUCACUGGCAGAAUAAGUUGGCCUUGAUUAAAAUAUGAACACAUGUGUAUUGUGGUAUGUAGACACUGAAAUCUUCAUUUUCAUAAACAGUCAUUGUAAUUUUAUUGAAGUUCCCCAGAAAGUUUCCUCCUGACAGAAGUGUCUCUUAGUUCCAACUACAAAGAAAUGCAGUUUUCUCUUGCAUAUUAUGACAGGGAUUUUUGUAUUGUGUAUUGGAUUUUGCAGGAAUAAAAUGGUACAUCAAGAUAUGAAGCAGCUAAUUAAUAUAAGAUAUUUGGCUAAAAGUGUUAAUACAGCAAAUAGGAGAUUAGAAACAUCACACAGAUUUAAAAAAUUGAUCAAAUCUUUGAAUCCCCCUCUUUUCUGGUGAUGAAAGGAGUAGUCAUUGACCAUGCCAUUUCAAUAGCAUGAUCCCCUUUAAAAUAAUUUGAAGUACAUGGUAUUAACAAUGCUGCUGCUUCUGUGCAAAACAGUAAGAUCCCUUUAAGAUGCUAACUGCACACUGAAGCCUGAAAAGUCACCUACGUAUUUUGUUCAUAAGUCAGCUUUCUAUUUCAGAAUGUUUUUUAAAUUAAAACCUGUUGCUAAUCCUGUAAAAAAGACUUGAUUUUCUAGAAGCUGAAUGCACUCUUCUUUUAUAUGCUAUGUGCCGGCAUUAAAUAACUUCCUGGCACAUUCAAAUAAUAUAUUUAGCAGACAUUUAUGCCAUUUUAGUCACCAAAAUGGAAUUAAUUAAUUUCAUUCUUAAAAUGUAACUUAUGCUUCAUUUUUCUAGCUGCACCAAAAUUGCCACAAAUAAUGUCUGUGAAGCAAUGUAUGCUGUAUUUGACAGCUAUCUAUAGCAUUUCAGAUUUAGUCUAAAUACUUGAUAAUAUAAAAAUAAAAGCAUUGUAUUCUCAAAUAUAAAUGUCCAGUUGGAGUUGUAUGUUCAAACAUGGUUAACAUUCAAACAAAGGUCACAGGUUUUUUUAAUGCAGCUAUGUCUUAAAUAUUUUUGGUUGAGAAAUCAGUGGAUCUAGGUAAGUGGGCAUGACUUUGACCUCAACAUUUGUUGGUCUUUGGAUUUUGUUUGAAUUGGAGUUAAUAUGACUACUGUAGAAACAGAAGUAGUCUUUCUUUAUUGUUGCCACAGAUACAGUGCCUGUCCAUGGAUCCCUAAAAAUAUUCAUAACUGAACAAAGCAUGUGUAUUGUACACUCAAGUGAAAUAAUUGAAUAGUUACUGUGAAAUGUUUAGGAACACUGUAAAGAACUGAAUUGCCACAAAGUUCACCUAUUGCUCCAAAGCAAUAGUUAGCUCAUCUUGCAACUGGUGAGAAAAGGGUACUUCUUGAUGACCAAAGUGUUGGAUCAGCUUCUUCAUACUUUAAGAAUUAAAUAAAAAUUCAAUCUGAACUAUA